AGCUGCUUCGCCACAAAACAGCAUGAGCACACCAUCUUCAGGUCGGAAGACCCCAGUGGAUUACGGUGUCCAGAUCCGCUUCAUCGAUGACCUCUGUGACAAUGGCGGGGGGCAGCCUUGGUCCCAGCCUAAAACCAAGAGCCAGACCACCUCUAAAUACGGCGUGGCAGUCAGGGUGCAGGGUAUUGAUGGCCAGCCAUACGUUGUCCUGAAGGACGGAGAGAAAGGAGACUCGUAUGGCGUCCAGCUCAGGACCCAAUACCCAUCUGGCUACAGUAGCCUUCCCCGGAGGAGAGAGAAGGCAGAGCCAGGAACACAGGGGGAAGAUGUAGGAGUAGGAGUGCAGGGGGGCGCACUACGCCGGGCCCAUUCCCAUGGCUCACUGCUGGACAGGGAUGGAGAGGGAGGGCCAGACAAUGAGGGUUUUCAGCUGUCUAGGCCACCAGGGGAUGGGAAGUCUGGUAGUUAUGGGAAUCUGGAUGGAGGAAUUGGUGUAAGGGGGGAGAGAGAGCAGAUCCAGCGUGUCAGGGGUAGAGAGGGGGACAUGGAAAGGAAUAUGAGCAAUGGUUCAAACAGAGCACGGCUUAACGGAUCAGCGAGGAGCAGUCAAUCCUACCCUGACCCACCUCAACAAAUUAACUCUAAUCAGAAAACCACUCCUAUCAAUAGACUAAUAAACAGGUUUGAUGGUGGUAACACUGGAGGCCAACAGAGAGGACUCCCACAGGCACAACAACAGGAUCCAAGAGCUACAUCUCCUCAGCUCACAGCAAACCCCUACACCUCCCCUCCAUCCUCGACUCACAGCAGCUUGGGACGCAGCCAGGGUGCUGUCACUAAAUAUCCUGGACACUCUGCUAAUCAGUGGACUUCACCAGGGAGGUAUGCAGCCGUGGAGACACCAAAGGCCGGUCUGACUGAGGCACAAGUGACGCCUGACCUUUUGCUGGACCAGGGUCCGAGUGCAGAGAUGAGCAUUGAGGAGGAGCAACUUAUGCAGACUAUAUACAACAUCCUGAGACAAGGGACCAAUGAGAGCGAUGUUAUCAUCAAGCACAAAGUCAAAGUCAUCUUACAGAAGAUUCAGAGUCUAAAGCCAAAAGAAAGACCCCAGGAAGAGUGGAUGAGAGAAAAGAGAGUGCUAGAAAGAAAGAUGGCUGAACUACAAACUGCCCUGCAGGAGGAAAGAAGGAACUCUGUUAGCAAUUCUGAUCCCACUCUGAAAGCUGAGCUGGAGUCCUGUCUGGACGAAAAUCUGCAGCUCCAGGAGAUGCUGGAUCGGAAGAAGAAAGAAUUAAAUGAAACUCAAUCAGAGCUGACUCAGCUGCGUAUGGAUAGGGAGAACGCAGAGGCACGGGUCAGAAACUUGGAGGACCAGCUGGCUGAGUUUCAGGAUGAACUGAGAAGAGAGAAUGGCACCAAAACGGACCUGGUGUCUUGUCAGGCACAGCUGAUGGAGGUCAGCCAGCUGAAACAGAAGCUGGAAGAGACGCUAAGACAGAGAGAGAGGGAGCUCACGGCUCUCAAAGGAGCUCUAAAGGAAGAGGUAGCCACACAUGACAAAGAGAUCGAGGUGCUCCGGGAGCAGUACAGUGUUGACAUGGAGAAGCUCCGCAGCAGCAUGGAGCAGGUGUCUCAGUCUCAUGCCGGGAUCGAGGCAGAGCGGUUGCGUGUAAAUGCAUCAGUUCGGACCUUACAGCAGCAGCUGGAAGACUGUAGAGAUGAGAGCAGCCACUGGAUGGAGCAGUUUCACACCACCAGAGACGAACUUCGAACAGUUAAACAAGAACUCCUGCAAACCCGUCUGGAAAAAGAGGAGUUUGAGGAGGAACUAAAGGAGCUGCAGGAGAGAGUGAGCACCAUGAAACAACAGAUACCGGAUCCUAGCCACAAUCAGACUCUCAACCAGGAACUUCAGCGAUGCAAUGCUGAUCUACAGAAGGCCAAGUCUGAUUUAGAGAAACGGAGUACGGACUUUGACAAGAAGGUCAUGGAGGUCAUUGCCCUGAAAAAAGCUCACCAGAACCAGGAGGCAGAACUGAAGUAUGAGAUCGACCGGUUAAAGGAUCAGUUACAGAGGGCCAAAGAUGAUUUUACCAAGGCACAGGAAAAAAACAAACGGCUCCCAGACCCAGCUGUCAUCUCAGAGCUGGAGCAGAAGCUUAAUGAGAUGCGUAGUGAAGCUAGCCAGCUCAAAGAGAAACUCUCAUUGGCUGAGGAGGAACUAGAAGCCAGUAAAACAAAUUUCACUAGAGCUCAGAUGGAUGUCAAAUCAUUCCAAGAUGCCCAGCAGGAGCAGGAGCAGGCCAACACACGCCUCAAAGAGAAACUCUCGCGGUUAGAGGCUCAGAUGCAGAGCAAUGCCACAGAGAGCUCAGAGGCAGAGCUCGCCCUCCACACUGAGGUGAGAGGGCUGAGAUCUGAGCUGGAUGAGGCCAAGAGAAAAGCUUCCAGACUGAGCCAGGAGCACCGUGAAUUAAAUCUGCGUCUGGAGGAUACAGAGAAAGACAAGGAGACACUCAGACAGACUAUCAACCAGCUGGAAGAGACCAAACAACAGCAGGAGAGAGCUCUGGAGAAACUCAACAAAGAGUAUGAAUCUCUGACUGUGUCCUCAAGAGAGGAGGCGCAGGCUCUCAGGGUUCAGCUGGAGGAGCAGAGAGAGCGGGCACGCAAGGAAAUGCACGAGGCGCACCGCCACGGAAACGACGCUCAGAGUGAACUGGAAAGAAGUCAUAUAAAUCUGAGGAGACUGGAGGAAGAAAUGUCACGACAGAAGAAAGAGUUUCUGCUUGCAUGUGAGGAGAGAGACAACCACCAGCUGGACAAAGAGCUUCUCACCAACAGACUGCGCCACCUUGAGGGAGAAAUCGAGGCCAGCAAAAACAGCCUUAAUGAGAAAACCCGGGAGAUUCGCAUCCUGGAGGACAAGCUGAAGCGUGUGGAACUGGAGCUGGAGGAGGAGAAAAGCAGCGUGGAAAUGAUGACAGACCGAGUGGCCAGGAGCAGAGAUCAGAUCGAUCAGCUCCGCUCUGAGCUCAUGCAGGAGAGAUCCUCUAAACAAGACCUGGAGCUGGACAAGAACGCCAUGGAGAGACAUCUGAAGGAGCUGAGGAGUCGUGUGGCUGACAUGGAGGGCCAGUCUCGCUCCUCAGCAGGAAUCUCCCAGCUGGAAAACAAAAUCCAGGAUCUUGAAGAACGCCUUCGAAAUGAGGAAAGGGAGAAAAACUCUGUGUUGGCUUCUCAGCGACGUCUGGAGAGGAAACUGAAAGACCUCAACAUGACACUGGAUGAGGAGAGACUUGCACACACUGAACAGAGAGACCAGCUCGCUCUGAGAGUGAAAGCUCUGAAGAGGCAGGUGGAUGAAGGAGAGACAGAGCUGGAAAGGAUAGAUGGACUGAGGAGGAAGGCCCAGAGAGACAUGGAGGAACAGAUGGAGCUCAAGGAGGCCUUGCAGACCAGAGUCGCAGCACUGGAAACUGAGCUCAAGAGAAAAACCCAAGCGGCAAUGCGCCCCGUUUUGGAUUCAUCAGCCCUCAGCUCGGAUGAUGACGACAGCCUGUAUGACCCCUCCACCAUCACCACCAUCCUCACUGAGAGCAACCUUCAGACCAGCUCCUGUUAAAAAAUAAAA